UAUUGCUCCAGAGGUUUUGAAUGGAGAACCAUAUACAUUAUCUUCUGACAUUUAUAGUUUUGGUGUAAUUAUGACCGAAUUAUCAUCUGGAAAACCACCUUUUUAUGAAAGAAAACAUGACACCACCUUAGCUUUAAAAAUAUGUAAUGGACUCAGACCAAAAUUUGGAAAAGGAACUCCUGAAAUUUAUAAAAAGCUAGCUUAUAAAUGUAUGAAUGCUAAUUCAAAUCAAAGACCGACAGUUAAUGAAUUAAUUUGGAUAAUAAAUUUUUGGAAUGAUUCUUUUUAUGAUAACAAACAUUUCCAAGAAGAAUUAAAAUUUGGUUAUAAAGGAAAAGAAAUUAAGACCAUAUUUGAAGAAGCUGAUAAAGAAAUAUCAAAUAUUUCAACUUCAUAUAAAAAAGAUCCUGAUGCAGUAUAUACUAGUAGAGUAUUUACGUUUGAUAAUUUAACGAAGCCCGUCAAUUCAUCCAUUAUUUCUUCAUACCUUAAUGAUGAUAAAAAUAAUGAAGAUUCUCAAUUAGUUGACUUAGAAGUUUCUAGCUCGUUAUUACAAUUAAAAGAUGAUAUCAAUAAUUAAAUUAGG